ACUUUUAAUACUCUUAUUCUUCUCCCUCUCUCAGUCUGGCUAAUCUAGAGGCUGAGGCAUUAUGGCACCCACUUGAGGACAGUUUAGCAGCUCCUCACAGACUACAAUGUUUUGUUAAAUGUAACAUUCCCACUAAAAUUCUGUAAACUGAUAUGUGGGUUGUUCAUAGUUCCUUAAAUGCAACUUAAACUCAACAUGGCAUGUAGCUGAAAAGCUGAUAAAGGCACAACUACCUUCAAUUCAGCCUUUUUCCUUUCCACAAUGGCAGAAUAGAAUUUACUUGCUGUAAACAUUUCGUACAUAAAUAUUUAGCCCUGCAGACUGUAUGGAAGAAACUCUCAGCAAAUAUUAUGUAUGGGCCGUAGUGGGUGACUAUUCACUAGUUGUCAGCUUACCUGAAGUGAGGCAAAGUGGAGAAUGUAGUUCAUUAUAGCAGGCACUGAUGCUGACAAGGGCUAAAGUUAAGUACAUAUUUUAAAGUUGAUGGUCUUGAUGCUAAUGAAUAACUCUUGUCCCAACAUCUCUACACAAUAAAAAACUGGCAACGUCAGUGUCACAGAGUCACCAGAUUCUCUCACCUCCAGUCAACGCCCACACUCCCCUGAAUGCUAAUCACUCCCACCUGUCCCUAAUUACCACACCUCAUCACCAGCACAUAUAAGCACACACCUCAGUCCCAUUCUGCGUCUGACCUUGUGCUAAGCAUACAGACUCCUACCUGCGCUCCUUCCAAGCAUCACGGCUCCCAUUGCUAUUCUCCAGCUAGCUCUGUUUCAAUGUUCCUGCACCAUUGAUACUCUCCAUCUUCUUCAUUCUCCUGAGGUGUGUGCUUCUCUCCCCACUCACUCGACGGAUCAUCCUUCAGCUGCCUCAGAACAGAGAAACCCAUGGCUAUGGCUUCCCUUGGGAAUCUCUACAACAUAUCAUCAGUUCUGUCACUUCAAGGUUUAGAAUUGCCUCGUGAGGCCAGUAUUCCUGCACUCCUCUUUGCGAUGCUAAGCUAUAUGAUCAUAAUUUUCUGCAAUCUUGUCCUGUUGAUCACCAUAAUUUUGAAUAAGAGUCUCCACCAGCCGAUGUAUUUACUGCUGUUAAACUUGCCCAUCAAUGACCUUGUGGGAUCCACAGCCCUACUCCCACAAAUGAUCAAGGAACUCAUGUGGGACACCAGAACCAUGGAGUUUUCAACCUGUGUUGCACAAGCUUUCUUUAUACAUGUAUAUGGAGUGGGUGCAGUGUUGAUUUUGAGUGCUAUGGCAUAUGACAGAUACAUGGCCAUAUGUGUACCUCUAAGGUACAAUACAGUCAUGACCCAUAGUCAUAUUAUGAAACUAGUCUCUGUUGUAUGGAUUUUUAAUUUUAUUUUAAUAGCUAUUCUUUUUUAUCUCCUCCUGCGUUUGCCUCGAUGCAAGUCCCACAUGACUCACUUGUAUUGUGACAACCCUUCUCUUUUGCAGCUGGUAUGUGUAGAUACAACUGUUAACAAUAUCUAUGGCCUCCUUAUCACAGCUAUCACCCAAAUAAUUGGAGUUGGACUUAUAUUAUUUACUUAUCUUCAGAUUCUUUUCGCCUGUUUAAGAAACAAGCGGUCUGACACAAGAAGCAAAGCUCUGCAGACAUGUGGUGCCCAUUUAAUAGUCUUUCUCAUCUUGGAGUGUUUGGGACUGUUUACAAUAAUUUCCUACAGACUGAAAGAACUAUCUUCAAGUUCCAGAAGAUUUAUAGGGGUUACCACCCUCAUUUUCCCUCCAACUUUGAAUCCAAUAAUCUAUGGCCUUAAAACCAAAGAAAUCAGAACGAGUAUUAUAAAGCUUUUUCGGCAAAAAGUUUUUCCCUUUUAAACAAUGCCUGUUCUGGUUUCAUAGAUAAUUUAAAAGAGGUGUGUGUGUGUGUGUGUAUAAUAUGUAUAUGUAUAUAUUUUUUUUAUAAGGGCCAAACAAGAAAUAAUUAUAUGAAAUCUGAAUCUAUAUUGUCUAUAUCUCAAUAUAAAUAUAUAUUUA